CACAACUUGCGCCGCAAACUGUCUGCCUGAGCGGGAUGGACUUCGAACAUCUGUAUACAUCAACGGCACACAUCUACAUCAAGGGCACAUCGCCCGCGUCUUCCUUGCUCCAAGGUCACAACAUUUCCCUCAUAAUGAGGUCUUAUUUUAUCUUAAUCGCUAUCUCUAUCUGGCUCGAUGUCGGACUCGCUACCGAGGAUAAAGGCAAAGACAAAGAUCCCGGUAUUGGUAUUACCCUCUAUGACGGUUAUGCCACCGUGAGCGCCUUCACCGAGAACGACAAAUACAUCGAUAUUGCCAAGAUCGAAGGUGGGGCAACAUACAAAGCGUACAUGCUAGGCGAAUUACAGCAGCAAGAUCUCACCCAAUUCCCGUAUUGUCCCUUAUCAAAACAGCUCUGCGAACGAUUCUGGCCUUUCAGUACGACCGUAAAUGCUCUCACUCCAAUUCUCCACGCCCUCGUGGCUGCUGCUAGGUCAUUUAUCGAGCGGCCCGUCGAGUCGGUAUUAGUAUCGCUUGAUGCGAUUCCUUUCGACCGCUGGGCUCGGGCUCAGGAAGAUGUCCGAUCGGCCCUAGACAGCAUUCAUGUGCACACCUGGAGCCGCCCCUACCGUAUAUUUCCGGAGCUUAAUUGGGCACUCGGAAUGGGAGGACGUUGCUCUGCUUACCUUUGGCCCGGAGAACCGUAUUACAAUGACCCGGGCAAGUUCAUGUUAGGCGUCGAAUACACGCGGCGAUCUCUCGUGUUAUCGCUUUGGGAAGAGGAAUGUGGAUUGGUGUGGCCGCGAUCUGAACAUGGUAUCUACUCGCGUCGUGGACUUGGCUUCGACGCCCGGGAAGCAUGCGUCAAUGAAAAUCCCAGCAAAAACUCUGACGUCCAAGCCUAUUGCGACGAUCUCUUCAAGUCCGAGCUUCGCGAACUGCUACGGAACAGCAGCCAAGUAUCCAAAUACAAGAACAUUUCUACUAUCGACUCGGUGCUUAUUACGGGCGAGCGAGCAGACGACGAGAGCAUAAAGACCUUGCUUAGCGAGGUCCUAGAAGAACUCUACGCGAACGGCGGAAGUCUAGACCUCUCCUUAACGCUGAAGUUUUCGCCUGAUCCGACAUUUGCAGGUUCUCGAGCGGCGGCAUUCGCUGAACGGGGCGAGAAAAUAAUGAAACGUCGAAGAGAGAAUGGUGAUCCCAGAGAUCUCUAGAUCUGGCAGAAUGAGUCUUCACAAGGUGUGGAUGUUUGCGAAGAGAGAGGGAGAGGGACAGACUACUGUGCUUCUUGUCUUUGCUGUUCACUGUCUAGCUAUAGUCAUUCGUUCUCUGUUCAAAGGGCUGCGAGCCUGUCCGCCGCCAGGGCGGAGAUUGUACUCCAAUACAUGCCACGACACAUAUGUUAGGUAGUAAGCUGGGUCUCUCAAAGAUCGCGCACUUGCGCGAUAUCAAUCCUGAUGGUGCAGUAUUUGUGGCAGUGUUGCCAUUUUCUUAACCGAAGUACCGUAGACUUGCGUGAGAGCAUCCCAGAAGGGCUGCGACGAGAUAAC